AUGCCGAAUUAUGCUAAGUUCAUCAAGGAUCUUGUAACGGAUAAGAGGAAGCUAGAGGAAGCUAAAGCUACUUUCCUCAAUGCGGAGUGUUCGGCGAUUGUGCAAAAUCAAAUUCCUUCCAAGCUUGAAGAUCCAGGGAGUUUUCUCAUUACUUGUUCUCUAGAUAAUAAGCUUAAUUGUGAUGCUUUGGCCGACAUUGGUGCAAGCAUUAAUUUGAUGCCUUUUUCGGUUUAUAGGCGAUUGUAUUUAGCGGCUCUUAAGCCAACUCGGAUGAGCAUUAGGCUCGCCGAUCAUUCUUUCCAAUAUCCCAUGGGGAUUGCGGAAAAUUUGUGUGUGAAAGUAGGCCAUAUUGUCUUUUUGGCUGAUUUUGUUAUUCUUGAGAUGGAAGAGGAUGCCAAGGUUCCUCUUAUUUUAGGCCGACCUUUCUUGUAUACGGCCGAUGCCAUCAUUCGUGUUAAGGAUAAGAUUAUUUCAUUAGAAGACGAAGCUUUGGAAAUGGAAUUAAUGAGUUUCUUGGACACAGAUGAGGGAGAAGCUUUGCUUGCUUGUAGUAAAGAGGAACAAGUGAUGGUUGCGGACAUGGUAAGAGAGAUUAUGGAGGUAAGCACGGAUGAAUCAAUGCCGGAAGAUGAGACUUUUGAGGAAAUUAAGAGGGAUGGUUUGAAGAUUGAAACUUCGGUAGACAAUCCACCAACCGAUUUGGAGCUCAAGCCACUUCCCGAGCACUUGGAAUAUGCAUUCCUUGAAGGUAAGUCGCUUCUUCCCGUUGUCAUAUCAUCAUCACUCUCGGAUGAUGAGAAUGAGUUUGAUCUUGAGAUAAAGGAUAAGAAAGGGGCUGAAAAUUUGGUGGCCGAUCAUUUGAGUAGGUUAGAGGAUCCUCACCGUGAGGAACCUAAGGGGGAUGAUAUUGAUGAUGCAUUCCCGGAUGAGUCUUUAAUGAGCAUUGAAUCUAACGUUCCAUGGUAUGCAGAUUUUGCUAACUAUCUUGUUGCAGGGGUACUUCCAAAAGGAUAG